CCAGAUGGUAACGGUAGCACGCUUGAGACAUAUACUUUGUUAGCACUAAAUUCGUCUAAAUUACAAAUUUAAAUCUAUUAAAAGUUCUUGAACUCUUCGAAUCCAUUCAAAUGUCUCAACGAAGUUUUGAAUUCGGACAACAGUAGAAUAUCUUCUUAACCGUACACAUCGCCUCCUUAUCAGAGAGUAUCUCGCCACAAAUGAAAACGCUGCUUUCUGCGAUGUCUUUCGGGGAAAUUGAAAUAAAGUGAGCAAGUAAGUAUCCAAAUGCCGACUCGCUUGAAUACUCGUUAAUCGCGCUCGAUAGUCGACGCUCGAUCAACGUGCGCGUACAAAUCCGACGAAUGAUCGUCGGUUCCUGUAAAAACGGUGGAUUUAAUGGAAACGCGUCCACGACACGUCAGAGAAAGCGAUACGAAGCGGUGCGUUCAUAAGACGAAGCGCAAGAUCUAUGGCGAUCGAAGAACGCGCACUUCUCGCAUUUUUGUGACUGGUAAACCGUCCGCCGAUCCAACGAUUUAAAUCAGUCAUGAACCACGCGUGAGUGUAUUCCGAGGUAAUUCGGGACGGUUGAAGUGUUGCGCGCGAAAUCGGUAUGACGGAUUCGCGGUUGUUCGUCUAUUGUAUGCGCUUCGGCAACUCGUCGGUUCGCGCGAGUGGAAGAUCUCGAAUGGCGCUCAUGUAUAAUCGCCGGGAGUGCAAUGCUAACAAGUAGUCCAGCUGACUCUGACAAAAUGGUAGGGUACUCGCGUUCCACGGGAGGUAAUACGUUUUUACAUACAUAAUUUGAACGCCUCCGGUGACGGAGUACGAUGAGUACUGAUAACCAUGACCAAACGGAGCCCUGCGUCAGCAAACCAUCCACAAGAAUCGAGUUUAACGCCGACGAGAAAGCGUUCGACGGCAGGCGAAUCAAAAAAGAACGAAGUGACGUUACCGUUGAGAACGGCGAUGGCAGCGUCAACGUUUGCAUUAGCGAUAACAACAAGCAAGUACAGCAAAGCCAGCGCCCGGCUGCCGGUAGACUUUCGAACGGCUUCCACGACGGUGACCCACUUCAAGACAUCAUCGCGGCCAAGUUCACGGCCCUGGCAAACCAUGGCACGACUGCCAAACACGAAAAAAUUCGGUUUAUGCUUGAAGACAGUAUCGGCGAAGAAUCGAAAACACGCAUUCAGAAUAUCUUUUCACAAAUUGAACAACUCAAAACAGAAGAAAAAUUGUUACUGUACCUGAAACUUCCAUUAUCAUUGACCAAUACUGGAGGAACUAUAGAUCCUUUGAGACAACCAUUAAAUCCAUUGGGAAAUCGUUAUGAAAUUCACCAAACUAUCAUGUGGAUUAAAACACAUUUGGAAGAAGACCCUGAUGUCUCUUUACCAAAGCAAGAAGUUUACGAUGAAUAUAACAUGUACUGUAUGCGUAAUUCUAUGAAGCCCUUAUCAACUGCUGAUUUUGGAAAAGUAAUGAAGCAAGUGUAUCCUAGAGUUCGACCCCGCAGACUUGGCACACGAGGCAAUUCGCGUUAUUGUUAUGCUGGAAUGCGCAAGAGAGUUACAUUGGAUCCUCCAACAUUGCCUAACAUUACUGGAACUCAAGCUGGUGACGAGGUAGAUGAAAACAUUACAGAAGAAAUGUUGGGAGCUGCAUCUACACUGAUCAGAGAAUGGGCAGAAAAUUUGUUGGGUUUAAAAUUUCCAACUUUGAGUGCCUUAGCACGUCAUCUUGUUGAUAAUCUUUGUGUUGAUACACGAUCAUUGGCUGCUGUGUGUAUAUUAUGUGCUUCGGGAAAUUCUAAUACAACUACAAAUAAAGAGUCUAAUAUGGAUUUACAUGUAACUCCUUUGUCUACGAAAUCUGGAAAACUUAGAGAAGCACAGUUACAGUUACAACGAAAAUUGCAGCAGCGGGAACAUACAAGGGAUCAAAAACAUCAUCAUUUUGAUGCUGUUGUCCAGAAUCAGAACAAAGAGAAGACUGUUGAUAAUAAAUCUGGGGCAAAUAAGGGAAAUAAAAAAACUAAGUCCAUUCAGUCAUCCCAAGGUACAAAUAUAUCGAGUGGACAUAAUACAUCAACGAAGUUUAAUUUAUCUGCUGUAGUAACCAGUCGGCAGAAAAGGGUUCAUAAAACUAAUAGUCAGCCAUGUAACAUCUCCCUGGAAUCUAACUGUGAUAAUGUAGUGGUACAAUCGAUUGAAGACAUACAGAAUAGUAGCAACUCUAGUGUAGUGAUGACCAACUGCGUAAAUACACAGCGAGACGUCAAACCGAAAAAUUCCAGAAAGCGUGCCAAUCCAGUUGUACUGAAUCAACAAUCAGAUACCAGCCCCGAGAAGCAAACGAAACUUACAGAACAACAAGUGCAAGAGAAUGUGGAACAUUCCAAUAUGUUGUUGCCUAAGCUUACAUCUGUACAACACCCAGAGAAAAUAACGGUGACAUUAACUGGUAAUCUGAAACCUAGCAAGUGUAAUGUCAGUGAGGCUGUUAGUAAUCAGUCUACUAAAAACUGUGAUAUUGAACUGUCAACAUGUUCGAAAAAUUGUGUUAAAGUGAACGGGUGUCCUAACAACUUUGAACGUAAUUCAAACGUAGCCGAGGAGCCUACAAUUUUAACUAAAGAUCAGAUUCGAUUGUUGCAGGGAAAUUCAAAUCUCCUAGGUAAACCUGAAAAGCUUCGUUCUAUCAAUUCAGAUACUUUGGACGACUAUUUGAAUGGAGGUAACAAUUCCCAAGAGCAAGAGGAGGAAUUACUACAGUAUUUUCAACAGAGCAGCUCGUCGAGUUCAGACGUGGAAGCUAAUAAUAUAGCUGCCGAUGAACAAAUAUCAAGAUCUGAUAAAGUCUCUCAGUUGAGACUAAUAUUACAACAAAAUUUGAAAUCUGGAACUGUGCAUGCACCUUCUUCGGAUGUACUACCUUCUGCUAUUAUCAGGCAACACGUUGAGAAACGUGAAAUCACACAAAAACAUAAUUUAAUAUUACCAACAUUGCUGAAUCAUUCGAAUCAAAGCAAUACUAGGCGUAGGGUCAGUUUCGAAACGAACGUUGUGGAACACGUACAAGAGUCGAAUGUCAUUAUGAACACGGUACCGCAAAGUCCAAAUACACGUCGUAGAAUAUUUAAUUUCACGCCGAUAUCGCCGGGUCCGCAUUCACCUAUCAACGGCCGAACUUCCAAAUCUAAUUCCGCAAAUGCUAGUCCAUUUGUUUCACCGCGAAAUACACCUGUGCCACGCUCGAGGAGUAACUUGCAAGCAACCAGUUCCAGAGCUCGUGCUCACAAAUCGUUAUCGCGCUCUGUAUCUUGCAGUAUGCCUUAUACGAGUAAGAACGAUACUUUCGUUGUUCCUACUAGUGGUCCAGAAUUAAUUAGGCAAGCAUCCACACCGCAAAUACCAUUAAUUUCAACAAAAUCAUCGGAGGUACAGGUUGGCAACAGUACAACGCAAAUUUCUGUUACUUCAAAGGUAGAGGCUCAAGGGUCGCAGUGCGCCGCAUUUUUAUCCUCUGACUUGGCGCCGCAAAAACAGUUGCUUAUCAACUAUCCGAGUCAGGAAAACCUGCAGGAAAUAAAGAAUGUGUACCAAAAGAAUCAGCCUGAUCAGGAAAUUAGCGAAUUAUUCCAUGGUAACAAACAAUUCACUAACGAACUCUACAGAUCGCAGUCGGUUCCAUUGCACAGGAUGGUCAAUCCUGCGUUGAUGUCACCAAUUUCAACGCAACAUUGUUUGUCGACGUUUCAGAGUCAGAGCUUUAAUCCAUCCACGAACAGCUCUAUAGCGCCUACGCCAGUACCUAGUGAAUUUAACGACUUCGGGUCGAUCGGUCCGUCAGAAGGAACGUCAACAUACUUGCUCGACGAUGUAGAUCCAAAUUUUAUGUCGGACGAUCAACACUUCUUGAUGAGCGACAAGGAGAUUACACCUGAAAACAUAACCAACAUAUUAAAUAUCCUGGACGAGGAGGGAGCACAGAGCUUACAAAUUCUACCGGAUCAGUCCGCCGAAGAAAGUUUAAUAGAAAACAACGCGAUCGUACUGGACACUUUACCGAAUUCAAACUUAAACUUGUCGGAGGAAGACGUGUUGGAUCCAUCGAAUGUGCACGAUAUCCCAGUUGGUGGUGACUUACAGAAAAUAAUACAAUCGCGCUCCUACCCCAAUACACCAUUACCUGUGCCAGUAUCUACAUACACAUCAUCUUACACAGAAGAUAGUAAUGGUUCAAGAUCAUACCCUUCGACGCCGCUGCACACAGUCCAAUCACAAGAAAUUUAUCAAGAGACCAAUGAACCGAUGCUUCCCAGUCCUACUUUGAACUCGUUAAACUUACACAAUGAAACAGUGAAUGAAUCUACCCCCGGCAGUUUGUGUAGAAAUGUUGUGGAUUUACUCGAAGCGAAUUUUCUUGGGGAAACGGACACAGAAACAAAUGAUUUGGACCCGCUCGGUAAUUUUGAUGGACUGCAAGAUGACGAUUCAUUAACACCUUUGUUUAAUGAAGUAACAGAGCCUAAUCGUUGAAAGCAUACACAGAAGUAAUUCAUGGAUCUUGAGAAUUUACAUAGUGAUCUACCAAAGGUUGGAAAAAUAAUUCUUAAGUUGUAUGUUUGUAGGACUUUAUUCAACAAUGAUAAUUCUUUACAUAAGUACUGCAGUUUGAUGUGCAAAGUAUUAUAAUGACGGUGUACAGAAUGGACCAAUAUAAUUGUCUUCAAUAUCUUUGCUAUUAGAGGGGUUAGAACAAAGUUGUCGAACAAAAUUUAUACAGCGGAAACAAUUUCACGUUUUUGUUCUGCAAGUUUGUUCCUGAUUUCCUGUAUUCAUUAAAGAUAUUCAAGAUAAUCAUUCUUUAUCGAUUCAUCCUGUAUAACAUUUGCAAAUAAGUCUUACUUUCUUGUGCUUAAAUCGAAUAAUUAAUAAUUACAGUGAUCAAAUAAUCGUAUAUCAAUUUGACCCUGUAUACAAUAAAUAUUUAUUUUAUAUUCAGUAGGACUAUAAUAGUAAAAUUUUAUAACAGUAAAAUUUUCUUCCAUGCGUAGUUUCGAUUAUGAUUUACAUAGUUUUGUACCUUGGAAUAUUAAAUUAAUUAAAAUAUUAAACGCGGUAAAAAUGCUGGUUGUUUUGUUUAUCUUGUUCGCUUUUAUAUCUCUAUUACUUUAGCGGAACAAAAAGAUUGAGGAAGAAGUUGUUGGACUUUACAGAAUGAAUAUUGUGACAAAUGAUUUGAAUACUUGAUCGUCUUUUUCAAUUUUUCAUGACAAUCAGUAUUUUUUGAACUUUGAUAUCACAUUUUUUCUUAUUGUGUUGCAGCUUAAAAAUGAAAUUUAGGACUUUCUAAUCUUCAAAUGACCUUGUAUAUGGAAAAUCUGUGAAAUAGAUAAAUGUAGAAAAACACUAUACAUACACUAUACAUGUUUGAAUUCGAUUUCUCAUCAACUCCAACAGUCAAACAACAAAAAUCCAAUGAUCUUGAAAAAUUAGAAAGGAUGACCCCGAGUAUUGGAGUCACGUGUCACCGGUCCUCAUCCGACAAAAUCGAACAACUUUCCAAGAUAUAAAAACCGAAUAAAAUAAACAAAGCAUCCUGCAUGUAUACACAUAUAUACAUAUGUAUAUAAAAAAAAAAUUGACAGUUGAAACUAAUGUUAUCAAUUUAUCUUAAUUGCAGUACCAUAAAAAUAUGAUGAGAGCAGCUUAUGAUGGAAAAAUCAGAUACAAAUGAAAAUAUUACAAAGUUUGACCAGUAAAUUAUAAAUAAUUUCGAAGCAGAUAUAAGUGUACAAUUCAAUUUAAUCUAUAAAGAGCAGAAAACAAAGUGAGUAACUGCCAAUUUUAUUCACUUUAGAUUUGUGACACUAAGUUUUUUAAGUAAGUAAAGGAAAAAAAGAACACUGUGAUGUAAAUGUAAAUCUCUGAAAUAUAUUUCUUGAAUUUGCCAUUAGCAAAACUAAAAGUGUAAAUGUCUCCAGUGGAGCUAUAAGCAUCUUUGGUGGAACAUUGAGUUUGCAAGUGUGAAAAAUGAUGGAGAAGUUGCUCAAAUGGAGCGAUCGUGUUGCUAUGAAGCAUUUGAGAUUCGGAUAAGUGGAAGUUGAUUUUAUAGAAAUACUUUAUAUUCAUCGUUUUGAAACGUUUGUUUCUAAGUCAUUUGAGAACGCGUUAUUGCGACUUUGUUAUUCUAAGAAAUAUUUCGAUCACCUGCUGGUCAUGGGUGAGCUUCAUUUGCAUAACAUUUGGCAUUGAACCCAGUAUAUAAUACUCUUUUGAACCAUGAAAAAGUCAAACUGCGAUUGUAUGUAUGUGUAAAUGUUUUACUUUAUUUUAAAAAUUGUAAAAAUUUGCGUUUGCAUAACGAAACACAUUUCAUAUUAAAUCAGAAGUAUUCAAACAACAGAAAUUUUUUUGUCACUUCCCUAAAAAUGUUAACGUUCUCUUCUAUUUUCUUGAAAUUUUUUAACUGAGAUUUUUAUACGGCUGUCAGGUUUCUGAUCUUGUGGUGUGAAUUGUUUUUAAAUAAUGUUCUAUUUGUAACCAUUUGCACUGAUUUCUCGAAUUCGGUCACUAAAUUUAGCCAUGAACACAUUGUCAAAGUAUAAAAAUGCCUAUACAGUUUAACGUUUGAGAACUUCUGUUUUAAAUUAAAUAAAAUAUACUCUUAAAGAUGUAGUAUCGCAUACUUGAAUUUUGUACUGGAUCCUACAAGGAUAAUAGUGCUAUAUAAUUAUUAGUAUAGCGUGUCUUUUUUUCCAUAAGUCUUUGUUUAUCAAAGAAACCCAAAUUAUCAUAAGAAUUCCGCCACUUUAUAUUUUUCUAUAGCGCUUUUAAUUGGGACUUUUACCAAUUGGAUAGUUGUUUAAUUGAUUUUUACUUCUAUGCAUUAUGAUUAGCUAGCUUUCGAAGCUAAAAGAGCUAGUUACUUCAUAGGAAACUUA